CUGACAAUCUAACUUGGAGGAAUGGUUAUUGCAGUCUCCCUAAAUUCAGACCAAAAGCCCAGAGACUGAGUUAUUUAUAUUGGGUUUAACGUUUUGCAGAGUUGACUUUAAAAAAAACCUGGACGCACAGUAGACCCAUCGCAGAAUCUGAGUGUGACGUUCACUGUCGUUUCUGCAGCCAGUUUUGUCGUUCUAUAGCCCUACAUCAAUAUUACAAUAGAACUGUGGCAGUUUUAAGGCGCACUUAUUUUUUGUAUAUAAGAAAAGCCAGAAACCAGCCGUCCGCAGCGACCCUGAUGGCGAUGUGUGAAUUGUGGAGAGUUUGCGGGAUGCUUCUUGUGACGGUCCUGGGCUGCGGGCGAUGCCGGCCUCUGGAUGGGGAGCCUCCGUGUGCGGCCAGCGGCCGAGCCAAGUACAGCCUCAUCUUCACGGGCAAGUGGAGCCGCACCGCCUUCCCCAAACAGUACCCGCUGUACCGGCCCCCGGCUCAGUGGUCCCCUCUGAUGGUGGUUACCCACAGCAGUGACUAUCACAUGUGGAGAGUGGGUGAAUAUGCCAGCAAUGGAGUUCGAGAAUUUGCGGAGAAAGGUGAAGCUUGGUCUUUGAUGCGAGAGGUGGAAGCAUCAGGAGAAAAAAUCCAGAGCGUCUAUGGAGUUUUCUCAGCACCAGCUAUCCCCAAUGGCAUAGAACAGACCUCCACUGAAUUUGAAGUGCAUACCAGACAUUCUCUUAUGUCCUUUAUGGUUCGAAUUGUACCAAGUCCAGACUGGUUUGUAGGAGGUGACAGUAUUAAUCUGUGUGAAGGAGAUAACUGGAAAGAACAAAUGUCUAUAGACCUGCAUCCUUAUGAUGCUGGGACAGACAGUGGUUUCACUUUUUCUUCACCAAAUUUUGCUACCAUUCCCCAGGAGACCGUCACUGAGAUAACGUCGAGCUCACCAAGCCACCCUGCAAACUCCUUCUUCUAUCCCAGACUGAAACAGCUCCCUCCGAUUGCCAGGGUGACAUUGACAAAGCUGAAGGACAACCGGUUAAUUGGGAUUAUUCCUGCCCAGUCCAACCUCAUUCCCAUGGGUAAUGAGAUAGAUGAUAUUGUAUCAGAGACCCCGUUGGACUGUGAAGUUUCCACCUGGUCUUCUUGGGGCCUGUGCAUGGGGAAAUGCACAGAGAUGGGUGUGAAGCGCCGUACUCGCUAUAUCCGAAUGAAACCGGCCAACAGUGGUACUCCAUGUCCAGAGCUACAGGAGGAAGAGCCAUGUGUGCUGCACAACUGUGUCUAAAAGUGACACUCGAUGACAGAUGGGCUUUGACACCCUUUGGAAAUUGGAAGGGCUGAAUCUCAACAAAGAUGGGUCCCUAUGAAAUACUAAUUAAUUCAACGAAUUGUUACUGAUUCAGGGUUAAAAAUGACAGCUAAGCUGACAGUCAUUCUAUGUAAAUGCUAAUGCUUCUCCUAUCAGUUUGAUGUCUACUAAUUAGAGACUUAAGUUUCCACCUCCCUCAUUUGUCAUCAAUAUCCUAGUGUACAGAAAAUGCUGCAAGCAAUGAUUCAAAACCUCAGUAGUAAACUAAUCUCUUGAGUAAACUCUCAAUUUAGACUGUGGCUUGGAAAUCACUCUUGAAUCUUGCAUUUUUUAUACUGUAUAAAUUUCAAUUUAACAAAAGCUUUUGAAUUCUUCUGUUUUUGUUGUUGGCGUAAAUGGUAAUCUGUGAAUGCCUUCCGGGUUCUUGAUCUGUGAUGGUAUUACUAUCAGAAGAUUAAUGGUGGUUAGCAAUGAGAAUUUUUUAUAAUCUAAAUGUAAUUACUUGGCAUUAAGUGCAGUAGCUAAUUAAUAGCUUUAAGAAAAUAAUGAUGGAAAUUGAUUUGAAAGUUGCUGUUAACUUGUAUUUUGCAUGCAUUCUUGUUUAAAAGCUCUCUUCGGCAGACAGAAUACUAUCUGAAAAUCUUGAAGGAAGAAUUAACAUGAUUUUUUAUAGCAUUCUCAUGAUUAUUCAUUGAGAGAUUACAUUACUAACUUAAUUAUUUCCUGAGGAAAAAAGUUCAUUUUGAUCUGGUUUAAAGCAUUUUGUCCAGUUAUGUCUUUCAGUUUAAACCAAAAUUGUUUUUCAAAAUCAAUGUGUUUAGAUUAAGGAAGUUAUUGCAAUUAAGUCCAAGUUCUUUUCUUUAUCUCUAGAGGCAUUUUGUUCGACAGAGAAAUUAUUGCAAUGUGUGAAAAAUUGUUUUAUUGAAUUUGGGGAGAAGCUUUCUUAUGAAGAUGUUGCAUCCUUACUUAUUUGUCCUUAAAUUAACCCAAAUUACAAAACAUAAGUCAUGAAAUAAUUUGUAGAUGGGUUAUAUAAGAACAGGUGCAGGCCAUUCAGCAACCCCCCCCAGCCUGUUCCACCAGUCAAGGAGAUUAUGGCUAAUCUGUGGCCUAACUCCAUCUACCUUCCCCUGGCCCAUAUCCCUUAAUAAGUCUUUAAUAUGUUUUUGCUCCACAAAAAGUUAUCAAUCUCAGCUUUAGAAUUAACAAUUAAUAACUGAUCUAGCAGGGUUGGAGGGGAUGCGAUGGAGAGAGCUGGCUGAAUUGGUUAGCUGCUUAAAUUUUGAACUAUUUCAGAGUAUUUAUCAAGGUAUCAACCACCUCCAGCUUGCAACAUGUGCUCAUGAUGAGACAAUUCAUUGGGUACGAAUAGCUGAAAUAUUUCGGCAGUGUCAUUAGGUAAUUGAAGCCAAAGGAUACUCUGAUUGAUCUAUCAUUGGUUGAAUCAAUCUGGGGUUCCUCACUAAUUGAUGUCUGGUGAAUCCAAUAAUGGUAUAGAUUGCUACGCCAACAUGUGGAUGUGACAGAUUAAUGUCAAUGCUAUGGAACGGAUGUGAUACAAUCCAAAGUCUAUUCUAAAUUAUAUUAGGAACCUUUAACUUUAACUCCAUGCUUGUGGGGGAGCAUCAUAUGAAGACCAAACACCAACUCAUGACAAAGGAAAGAAAUCCUCAGGAAGAGGCCCCCUGAAUUUAUGAACAAGGAACAAAAACAAAGUUCCUGGAAAAGCUCAGCAGAUCUGGCAGCAUCUGUAGAGGAGAAAACAGAGUUAACGUUUCAGGUCCAGUGACCCUUCCUCAGAAUUUACAUUGCACUAGUAAUCAAUCACAGAGUAGAAUAGCCAACAGUGUAGAAAUGUAUCUUCGAGAUUCUGUGUGCUGUCUUUAAAAAAUCAAAUACUUCAUUGUUAUAGAUGUUACUGGUGAGAUCAGUGCUAUUCUAGUCAUUUUGAAUUUGAUACACCGGUCUGACUUGCCAGUCCACUUCAGAGAGCAUUUGCAUUCCAAGCAUGUUGGUAUACAAAUGGAAUCUGAACAUAAGGCAGAAGAAGUAAGGAUGGCACUUUUUCAUUUAUAAAUUGACAUUUAAGAGAGAGUUGCAUUUUGUGAAAUUUAUGUUUUUUUGUAUUUGAAGACCUUUUUUAAAUUUGAAUUCCCAUUUUCAAACAGCCAUGAAGGAAUCUGACCCCAUGACUGACUAGGGUAGAUUUUGAUUUCGAUAACAUGACCACCACACUCCCAUACCCCUCAUUGUACUGAAUACUUAAACAAGAAAGUAAGGAAAUGCAGAUGUGGUAAUUAAUCUUCCACUUAAAUCUAGCUGAAUUAUAAGUCACACCAAAAUUAAGAAGAUUGAUUGAAAUAAUUGAUAAGAUAUUAUCAUAUAUGGUGACUGUUGUCUUUAUAAAUUAUUGAUCUUUCAUUCUUUGUCCAUAAAAAUAAAUGAUUCACGAAAGUUCCUUUGGAAAGAAAAUCUGCAUGGCCUAUGUAUGACUCCAAACCCUCAAAAAUCUUUGCCUUGGAUAUAGCUUAAAACUGAUAAGUUGCAUUCUAACAGAUUGAUCUUAGCUUGGUGGAGGAUCAUUGGGAUGUGCAGUAAAUGUUAUUGCAAUGCCAACAGCCCAUGCAUAAAUGAAUGAACAGCAAUAAGCUCAAAGGGUCAAAUUUUUAACUCUCCUCUGUCAAAACCGGGGAAGGCAGCAUUUAAAAAUGGCAAAAUAAAAAUGAUGUGCUGGAGAAAAUCAGCAGAUUUGUGGAGAGAGAAACAGUUAAUGUUUCAACUCUGAAAUGACUCUUAAGGGUUUUUUUAAGUAAAACGCACCUACCUAUUUUUAAGGGCAGGACUAUGGCUAUGAGAUUUGGCAGAUGUGACCAUGCCUACUGUUUUGUGCUUGGGGUCACAACUGACAGUAUGAGAAGCCCUAUCUUAAUGAACUCAUGAAAAUCUUUAUUUGCAUAAACUAGCUUAUGUUCUUUAUCCACAUGUAGUAGAUGUUGCUUCUGAAAGAAAAACUAUAAAUUCAUGUUCAUGAAAAUUAUGUCUGGUUUAAAGUAGGCGUGCAUUGGCACAAAUUGGAUACAUACCUGUGCAAUAACAUGCCUUUCCGUAUGCAAUGUGUACAUGCAUAUAUCAUGAGAAUUAAACAUAUAUUUCCAUUUAUUUAAGGCUAAUCUUCCCCUUCAAAGGCUUGAAAGGAGUGCUGUAUGCAUUUGUAAGAAUCAGGCCACAGGUUAAAGGGUUAAAUCAUGAGUACAGUUUACAUAAAUUUAGCUUAUAAUACUGAGCUUAUGAAGUGUCAGUUGACCUAAGGAGGAAUUUGAAAUGAUUAGGGCACUUGAUAAGGUUGGUAUAGGAAGCUACUUUCUCUGGUGGGAACACCCAAAAUAAGCUGGCUAUCAUCUCGGAGAUAAAUCAGAAAGGGCCUUACAGAGUAGAAGAUAUCUCCAACGCUCAAAAGGCUGUGGAUGCUGGCUCAAUUGAUUUUUUUUAAUGGCAGUGGGUUGCAUUUGUAAUGUUUAAAUCAGCCUUCUUGGGAGCCUGCUUCUAUAUUUGAGGGUUGACAGUUGGGUUUCACAAAGUUUGGAAAAACCAGGCUGUUAAAAUGUGGAUGGGAGCAACUGAUUGCAGAAGGUUGGUGUUCUCCAUAGCACCCUUGGAAGAGCAAGACUACUUUCCCUUAACUCCUCAACCUAAUCUUCGACAAUCUGCCCAACAUCUUUUACUAUGAUUAGUCACUCCUCUUGACCCUUGCCUUCUUCAUCCUACAACUCUGAUGUGCAUCUCUCAUUUGCAAGUCUCUGACCCCACCUCCAAUCCUUGACCCCUUCCCAAUGAAAAGACACUGGCCCUAACCGUUUGAAACUUUGACUUCUGACUGCCAGUUUUCCUGCCUGGUAGCCUAGCAGUGUGGCUGAACGCUGAGUGAGAAAAGGAGUGUAAAAAUGUUGUUGUGAUAUUGUCUUUGUAUGGUAUCUUCUUUUCCCAGGUGUUCUCAAAUUCUUUCCCACACCAAAGAGCUGUGUUCCUUCUGUACAUUCCUAUCUCCAGCUAAAUAUUGGAAUGGGGGAGGGGGCAGAAAUGAGCCAGAUCAUGUGAAAAUGUGCUAAUGAAUUCAUUCUCAAGCAGUCUGAAAACUGGAACUCACUGUCCGGACAAAUUCCGGAUGCUGAGUUGAAUGGAAUACUAAGUAAGAAUGGUAAUGAUGUGGAGGAGAUCUGUAUGCAAGGAGUUAAAGUACAGAUCAACACGAUCAAAUUGAUUGACAGUAUAAUGACCCAUAUCUGUUCCUAAUGUUCAUUUGGACUCUUUUAACAAUGUAUUACACUAUCUGAAGUAUGCUGUACUCUAAUAUUUCAUAAAAUGGGAUCCAAAAAAUGCACUUGCACUUAGUUAUUGAUUGUAUUGGAGUGUUGUGCAUUUAUUAAUAUUGAAAGGACUACUAGUCAUGUCACUAAAAGAUUGCAGUAAUCUCCUACCAGUGUGUGUUGUCUUUACUUCUGAAAAUGACUAUCUUGCUGUUUGUUUAUCUUUCCAAUGAACAUGCAUGUGUAUAUAGCUGACUGCUUGUAUAUUGUUGUAUUUAAUAGUAUAGUUAGCUUAAUCGACCAUUUUUAUAACAGUUUUUUUGUACAAAACUAAAGGAGAAAAGUGAAUCAAUUACA